GUUUCUGUGUCGGAGAAGGAAGAAAGGUGACUCUGAAAAUUAUAAAAGAGCGAUCGUAUGAACAGAGGGGAACAGUCGCCACCAAGCACGUAGCUGACUUGUGUCUAGGAUAAUAGCAAUCUUUCUACAACAAUACAAAACAACGAAGACAGAAAAUAAGAUGGAUGGUGCUGUAGUAGAAUGGGUUACCGAAGAGGACAAUUACGAAUGCAAGCUUUCCAACGAAACAAAAAUACUUGCAAAAAAUGAGCUCAGAGAAGAUAAGAAUACACGUGAUCAAGCACUGGAGCAAAUGCGUAGUUGGAUAAAAUUAAAUCCACGUAUUAAAAAUUGCCGACUCGAUGCACAAUUUUUAUUGAGAUUCUUACGAUGCAAGAAGUUUAACGUACCUAUGGCUCAAGAAACUAUCGAACGAUAUCUUCUCUUGCGUCAAGUUUAUCAUCCUGCAUUUACUCAUUUGGAUGUAAUGGAACCAACGAUGGAGGAAUUACUUUCCUUGGGAUAUCUAUUCGCUGCACCAGGUCGCGAUCAUAAAGGUCGUCGUGUUAUCGUUGCUAGACCAGGUGUUUUUGAUCCGCAUAAAUAUACAAACGCAGAUAUGUGUAAGAUACAUGCUAUUACUUACGAAGCUUUGAUGGAAGACGAAGAGAGUCAAAUUCGUGGAUUUGUUCAUUUUGCUGAUGGUGCUGGCGUCAGCUUCCCUCAUCUUACUUUGUUUACACCUAAGGAAGCUGUUCGUAUUGUUAAAAAUGGAGAACGUACAGUACCGAUGAGACACAAAGAAGUUCACGCUAUCAACGCACAUCCAUCUUUGAAAUUUGCCCUUGAUUUUGGAAUGUCCUUAAUCUCCGAGAAAAUAAAAAGUCGUGUUAAAAUCUACACUAGUUUGGAAGAUGCAUUAAAUAACAAGAUGGAUGCUAGUAUGUUACCUAAAGAGUAUGGUGGUACUAUGCCUAUGAAAGAAAUGAUUGAUCUUUGGCGACAAGAACUAUUAGAAAUAAGACCGAUAUUGUUAAGUCACGAUAAAAUGCAGGUAUGCCUCGAUCAAUAUUCUGAAAAAGCACGAGAAGGUGCCGUAUCUGCUUUAAAACAAGGAUUUGGUUGCUCGAGUGUUGGUUCCAGUGAUAGCAUGAUGUGUGGUAUCAGUGGUUCUUUCAGGAAACUCGAAGUCGAUUGAAAAUUUCCGAAUCGUUCUUCCUUUAUUAAUAAAUAAGAUAGUUUGAUCUUUUAUUUGGGGUUUAUAAAUAUUGGCAAACAAUCAGAAGUGUCAAAUCGAGCCACUUCUGGAUAAAAUGUUUCGAUUAAUAAAAGUUUUUUAUGGGAA